UAGGGCAAGAAAAAAGAGAGGACAAUAAUCUCGAUUCAGUCUCCGUUCUUCUCCACCCACAUUCGUUGCAUCGCGCGCAGAUUGGCGCGCGGUCACCGCUUCCGGGAAAGUGCAAAUGGAUUUUUAAAUCGCGACGCGCAACACCACGAUAUUCAACAUGGUGGCGAUCAGCUGUCUUCUGUCACAAUGACGCUCGCGACGGACAAACCGUGAAAUUAAUCGGUCCGAUCGGAGCAGCGUGCAGCACGCGUUCACACGACUGAUCGCGGUCGUUCGAGGUCGGGGUGACGCGCGACGGUAACGCGACACGUGUCAUCGUCGUCCAGUCGUCGUUGUCGUCGUCGUCGUUUCCUCGCGGCUAGACGAAGGUGCCUCGCUUCUGGACGCUUCGCUCACCAGGCGAGUGGCGACGCGCCGCGCUCGCUUGAAGUGAGCGGCGAGUACACGUACAAUACGUACGCACGAGAAAGCAAUAUGGUGACCGUCGGGGGAUAGCGAGCGAGAGCGCACACGGGGGAUGUUUAAUAAUAUUUAUCAUCCACAGCAGCGUGUGUCGGUGAGCACGAGUGAUGAACUUGACGUGACCGAGAGCCUCUCGAGGCUGAACAACCUGGGCACCAUGUGCGAUGUGUGCGUCGAUUUUCACGAUCUUCUGCUCGCGUAUGACGAGCGUUCAAAGGAGCAAGAUGCAUUGGCGACAUUAUAUGUAACGGAUGUCGAUACCACAUUGCAUUAUGUUAACCAAUGGGUGCAGAGACAAUGUAUGUGCUGUUAUCGGGAAGUUAAAAAUUUUGAUCGAUUUAUAAGACUAACUCAGAGCGUCGUGCUCUGUACGUUACAACAGUUGCAAAUUAUACAAAAUGAACAGCAAGGAGAUGUCGCCAAGGAAACACCUCCUAAGGAUGAAAAGGAUGAGGAAGAGAAAAAUAAUAAACGAAAAUCCGGUGACAAUGCAGAGCAAGCGCAAGCGGAAGUUCAAACAAAACAGAUCUGGUCACAGCAUGAUAAAGAAAGAUUGUUUCAUCUUCUUUCGAAAAUUUUUUUACUCAACUUCCCUCUCUAUAUCGCCAUGAAACACGGCGGGGUGAUGAACCCUUUAGCUCCAGUCAAGGACGAAGGUGGCUACUGUGAGCCGCAUGAUCCCGAAGUACCGGCACCUUUGAUCCGUGCGGUAUCUAUAUUUUGCCAUCAAGGAGGCUUUAAUUUGGUAUCUGCUUGUUUCGACAUGGAAAACACACUGCCCGUUACCCUUGCGCAUUCUAUGGUUGCGGUUAUUUGUAACCUGAAACUUUGGUUAAACUAUGCGAGUGUCAUUCAACUGUUUAUACCAUUACGCAGUCGUGUUAUGAAGUAUAUGUGCCGUUUAGAGGACAAGGAAUUGCGUACUCCCGCUGUUAGAACUAUGGCAGAUUUUAUGUGGACUGCCGUGAAGGAUCCGAUAGACUCUGUAUUACCAAGUUUCGAUCGUGAUGGGCUUGACUUGGCAUUUAAAUAUUUUACUAGUACAACUCUGACUAUGAGACUGGCUGGUGUGGCUCAAAUAAAUGCUCAUAUUACUGCGUCUAAUGAGCUUUGCAAUAGUGAGACCGUUGCCGAGGUUGAACAAGUGGGACAUGCGCUUGCCGCCUGGUUGACCGAAAACAACAUCAUAGCUCAUAUAUUCGGGCCAAAUUUACAUGUGGAGGUUAUUAAGCAGAGUCACAUUAUAUUAAGCUUCUUGGCUAUGGAAGGUAGAAUUACAUCUUCGGAUAUGGACACUAUGUGGCAAGCGGCACAGCUGAAACAUUGCGGUCGUCCGGUUUAUGAUUUAUUGGCGCCUUUAGUCAAACAUCUGGCUCCUACUCCCGUACUCCACUUGUACUCUUUGCUAGGCAAAUUGGAACCUAAGGACCAUACCGAGCAAAGCUUGUUUUUAGCAUCGGCUUUAAUCAAAUUUAUUUGGACAUCUGGUCGUUCGGCUUAUCCAAGAGGUCUGGUAAUGAAAAACAGAGAAAUUUUAAGAAGUACCGGAAGUGGAGUCGGCGGAAGUAGCAGUAGCGAUCCAAGCGGAAUGGAUGGUAGCAGCCCAGAAGAUGAUGAGGAGGAACCUAGUCCAACGCUGUCCGAUGGACCGUCGCCUAGAAAGCAAUCUAGAAGCUACAGCAGCGAUGGUGAAGGACAUUAUAAAGGAAAAAAUCUGACAACCACCACCAUUGAAUCAAGUCUCAAUGACAUUGAAGGCUUGAAUUCCGAUAAGUUUGAAUGUAACAGAGAAUUAUCCAAGGAUUCCUCGACGAACGUCAUUCGAGAUGAAGUAAAGAGCAAACAAAGUGGAUCUGACGCUGAAGCGGAUACGGAGAAAUCUAAUACGGAGGAGACGUUCGUGCAGGAGAAGAAGAAGCGAAAAAUCUUACGCAAACGAAAGAGACCGCAAAAGCGCUCUUUAAGUGCUGUUGAGAAAACUUUAGAGGAUAUUGUUGGUCAAGAUGUAAAUAUGAAAUCAAAAGAUCUGCUCGUAGACGGGAAAAGUAGAACGGAGGAUAUGUUGAACAGUAUGGAUGCUUUGGCUUCUUUAGACGAGCCAAAAAAUGUCGACGCGUUGGAUCGCGUUAAACAGCAAGCGAUGGCUUUAGAUCCAAACGAGCAACAAGUUCCAACCACAGCGGCUUUAUUGAGACGCAACAAAAAUAAAUAUAUGUCGAUAGUAGGAUAUAAUGUGGAUCGAGCGGCCGAUUCGGGAGACAGUUCGCAUGAUGAGGAUGACAGUGAUGUAGCAGGUGUACUCGCUGCUGCGGAUGGUCCUGGCGCGGUGAUAUCCGAACUCGCUGGUUUAGUGCACGCAUCUGGCCCUACGUUUUUACCUUCGGGAUUAGAUGAGAUGCUCUCUGACGAGGAAGGUUCGUACAGCAGUAGAAUAUCAAACAAAAGUGAAAAAAAUAUGGCCGAUUUCGAUGGCGAGGAGAGCGGUUGUGAAGAGGAAUUGGCUCAAUUAGCCGCGCGUCACCUAACUGCUAUCCAAAUGCAAGCUUAUCACCCUCAUCACUCGCACUCGACCAUGACGAUUAGAAGAUCGGUCUGUCAGCAGUCGCAAGUGCGAACCGCUCGGCAAGCGGCCACGAGAUUGAGCUCGCAGUUUAAUUUGGACACAGUUUGUAAACCAGGUAACACGCUGCUAUGGGAUCUUCUUCAAGAUGAUAAGAUAGGCCAGCUAGGAGAGGGCCUGGCCUUAGAAGCGGAAAAAGCGUUAUGCAAUCUUUUGUGCUUCAAUGUCGAUCGCUUGAUCCCAAUGAAGUUUAUAGAGGGUUGUUUAGAGAACUUAGCGAUUAAUCGUUCUGUAGUUAUAUCUUUAAGACUGCUGCCAAAAUUGCUCGCGAGUUUCCAGCAAUUUGGUGCAAUGGACGCACACACAAUUACUACUUGGGCCGAUCGUGAGCGUGGCAUGUUGAAGCAUUUCUUUAACAAUCUGAAAACUUACACCAGUACAGGAGUGAAAAGUAAUUUAUAUUCACAUCAGACAGAAAUACAAGUUAGGUUACAAUUUCUGUCGUCAAUCUUCUCGCCACUGGGUUCACCCGAUUGCUUUCGCUUAAAUGUAGAACAAGUGGAUAUAUUGUGGCAAUGUCUGUCGCAAGAUCCCGUCUGUGCAGACGAACUCUUCAGUUGGUUGCUCAGCCAAGCAAAAUCUACAGAACAACAUGCUUUAGGAAUGGACACGUUAAAACACCUGUGCAUGCGCAGGUUACCGAGUUUACCACCAGAAACCAUUAGUAUGACGGGUCUGAGUUUGUUCCAACAAUUAUGCAACUUGGCGCGUUUAGCUGCUGCACACAUGGACAGACCGCUUAGAGAUAUAGAUUCGGUGGGCAUGGACUUUUUGUGGCGAAUUGCUUUGAAAGCAAAAAGUACGGACGUCAGUAUGGCAGCUAUACAGUACCUCAAUGGCUACUACAUGUCACGGCAGCUGACGCAAGAGGCGGAAUUUGUAUCACAAUGCAUGACUCAUCUCGCAGCAGCCAGUGCUGAUCUCGAAAUCAACGAGGAAGCUAGUCUACGCUGCAUACAGCGCGCUUUGCUUUUGCUAAAGACGCAUUUAGAAGCCUUUCGAAAACGCUAUGCUUAUCAUUUGCGUCGCUGGGUAUUGGAAGGUAGAGGCGCCGCCAGCCAUGUAGCCAUGAAUCCAUCCGAGAAAGGUCAACAAUUAAGGAUCUUUGUGCAACCUGCUGGCAUACCAGAGAAGACAAAUUUUACUCUUCUUAAUACCGAUUAUGUAGCAGAUUUGCGAGCCGAAGUUGCUAAAUGGUGGGAUGACACGCAGAACGCUCAAGAAAAAUCAGCACUUUCCUCAAAUACUGUUCAAAAUGGUGGAUCAGUUUUAGGAUCGUUGCUUACCGACGGUCCUAUUAGAAUGAUUACUCAAGGUCAGGAAUUAACUAUUGAUUUUGAUGAGAAAACUUUGCAAGAAAUGGGUUUCAAGGAUGGACAGUUAGUAUUUAUUUCACCCGGCGCCAGUAGAGGUAAUGGCGGCCGUUGCAGUAAACGAGAUAUGGAUUCGCCCUCGUUAUUACCGCCUCCGCCUAGAGAAUCCUUACCGACUUUAUUGUUGCUUCGACCGCAGUAUUUCGAACAGCUAUUUACGCUUAUGAGAACACUCAGCGCUAUGAAAACAACUGUGAAGGGAGGCCAAGAAAUUCCUCAUACGAAGGCGCAAGUGCUUUCAAGAAGAGUUUGGGAUACGCUCACGUUGUUACCUACAAGUCCAACUUUGCUGCGAGGUUUCCAGAAACUUGGCGAUACUUCUCUCCAGGAAUUGCUCGAUCCGGCGAGUCCGCAGAAACUGAUGUAUUCGCUUUACAUAGUUGAAUCCCUAAGUCGGCGAGGUGCGACGAAUCAGCCAUCGCAGAACAAUCCCACUGUAUCAACGACGACGCACGAAGGUGGCGGCGACGCGGAUGACAAUCAUGACGAUAAAGAAAAGGAUGUGGGUUGGUCCACUCUGUUCGUGCAAUACGGUGGGCUCCGGCAUCUUUUUGACAUCUUUAUGUCCGGUUGUCUAGAACAGGGAGAUGGCAGCGAGUGGCAACAGGAUUGUCUUGCCAGUUUGUUGAAGCAACUUUGUCAUCUUGGUGUCAUAAAAGAAGAGAAAAAACGUAAUAAAGCAGACAAACCGUUGCUGGUGCCCAGACUUAGUGAAGCCAUGUUGAGAAUGAUGAACGUUGACACGGUGAUGCCGAGGAUAACGAGCAUUCUGAACGAUGCUUCAUUGCCGCUCGAUCCGAAUCACUACAAGACGGGACUCUUUAGCCGAUCCCAAGUGAUACAUUAUGCCAUGGCGCUACUGGUCUGUUGGGUUCACAGCGAUUUGGCAGUCAGGCAAUAUUUGUUUUCGUCGUCUGAACCAUUUGGAAAAACAUGGUUACGUAGGCUGAUAUUAGAAGAUCCCGAGCCGGCAGUGAGACGUGAAGUGUGCACGGCUCUAUACAGAUUGUGCUUAGGCAGCACUGGCGUAGAAGACGAUAAUUCGGAUCAAAUGCCGGGACUGAUCGUACCGAUGUUGAACACCCUUUUGGAGCAUCUUGUGAUUGCCGAAGCUAUGCAACCUUCACAUCGCAAGCCAGAUCUACCACUGCACCUACAUACCGUUUUGGAUGAAGGAAAAGAACCUUAUGGGCCAGCUUGCAAAGAUUAUUUUUGGUUAGUGUGCCGUCUAGUGGAUUCUCUUCCGAAUGAAACAAUUCGAGAAAAUUCAACGGAUGACACCUCCGGCACAACAGUUGAUCUCGAGGGGCUAGCAAUCCGAGUGAUCGAUUCCGUGCUCGACAGAGAGCAUCUGGAGACGCGACAUAAUACGGUGGAAGACGACGCUUUGGUCGGACUGAUCAAUCUCACGUGUAAUAUAAUGACGCACAAUCCGCCUUGCAAGCAGGGUAAGAUCGGUCAAAAUUUGUUACAUCAAAUGUUUGAUUUCCUGUUUGCCUUACCUAAUCCACGAAGUAAGCAUGUACCCAAGUGUAAGAGUCAGGCAUCCAGAUCGGCGGCUUUUGAUCUCUUGGUUGAGUUGGUGAAAUCUGCACCCGACAAUUAUAGGAUAUUACAUGAGAAGCUGCUCGCCCAACACCGUCCUGGACUUUUUCCGUAUCCAUGGGAUUAUUGGCCUCAUGAAGAUGGGCGUUCGGAUUGUGGUUACGUAGGCUUGACGAAUCUAGGCGCAACAUGUUACAUGGCCAGUUGCAUGCAGCAUCUGUACAUGAUGCCACAAGCGCGUGUCUCUAUAUUGGGUGCUGAUUGCAGUCGUGCGAAUAAGCAUCAGUUGACUUUACGGGAGCUACAAAGAAUGUUUGCUUACUUAUUGGAGUCGGAGAGGAAAGCAUAUAAUCCAAGAAGCUUUUGCCGCGUAUAUACGAUGAACCACGAGCCGCUCAACACUGGUGAGCAGAAGGAUAUGGCUGAAUUUUUUAUUGAUCUCGUUUCCAAGUUGGAGGAAAUGACGUCCGAUCUGAAGAACCUGGUCAAGACACUAUUUUGUGGCGUAAUAUCCAACAAUGUCGUCUCGCUCGAUUGCGAGCAUGUUAGUAGAACCUUGGAGGAGUUCUAUACCGUCCGAUGUCAAGUGGCGGAUAUGCGAAAUCUUUAUGAGAGCUUGGACGAGGUCACGGUCAAGGAUACGCUUGAAGGCGACAAUAUGUAUACGUGCUCACAAUGUGGUAAAAAAGCGCGGGCAGAAAAACGAGCCUGCUUUAAGAAGCUGCCACAUAUAUUGUGCUUUAAUACGAUGCGCUAUACUUUCAAUAUGGGCACCAUGCUGAAAGAGAAAGUCAAUACGCAUUUUAGUUUUCCGCUUAGACUGGAUAUGUCUGGUUACGUUGAGAAGAAACUUAUGCCGCAACAUUAUCAAGAUGAGAAGAAAGCGGCAUCCGAAAAGAAAAAAUCCGAGAACGAUGGACAUUCCAAGUCGGCAGACGAUAUAGAGAAGGAGGAGGAAGAUGUGGAGCAUUAUCAGUAUGAUUUGAUUGGCGUGACCGUUCACACAGGAACAGCGGACGGCGGGCAUUAUUAUAGCUUCAUCCGAGAUCGUACGUCUCCCAACAAGGACAAAUGGUUCCUGUUCAACGAUGCCGAAGUCAAACCGUUUGAUCCGAAUCAGAUUGCGGCCGAAUGUUUUGGCGGCGAGAUGACCAGUAAGACUUACGAUUCGGUGACGGACAAGUUUAUGGAUUUCAGCUUUGAAAAGACCAACUCGGCGUACAUGUUGUUUUACGAAUGGUGCACUGAUCCCGGUGAGCAACAAGCGAAAGAAGAGGAGGCGACCGUUUCGAGUCCAGUUGCUGACAGUAAUGACGGCAAUAGCGGUCGAUCUUCAUUGUCUUCACUGGUGCGCAACAAUAUGAACAAAUUGCCGCCAUUGGAACUCAACAAGGAGCUCGAAGACUGGAUUUGGCAGGACAACAUGCACUUUCUGCAAGAUAAGAAUAUAUUCGAACAUACGUAUUUUGGGUUUAUGUGGCAAAUAUGCGGUUAUAUACCACAAACUUUGCUUUCUGUGCAACCGGAUAUUACAGAGAUGUCCGCGGAGUUGUCCACAUCUUUCUUUAUGGAGACGUUUAUACACGCCAAAGAAAAGCCAACGAUGGUGCAGUGGGUUGAAUUGUUGACGAAACAGUUCAACGGCUCGGCCGGAGCGUGCGCGAGAUUCCUCGAGCGGAUGGCCAGUGAUUCGUGGUGGCCUAUUCAGAUUCUAGUCAAGUGCCCUAAUCAGAUGGUCAGGCAGAUGUUUCAACGGCUAUGCAUUCACGUGAUUCAAAGAUUGCGCGCUACCCAGGCACCCUUGUACCUUCUUUGCGACGAGGAGAACGAUGUCAACACUGUCGGUACUCGAUCUUGCGUCACACGUUUUGUCAGAAUGUUACUAUCACUCAUGGAACAUGCCAAGCAGCAUCUCAAACAUCUCACCGAGUACUUCAGCUUCUUAUAUGAGUUUAGCAAGAUGGGCGACGAUGAAGCUGUCUUUCUAAUCAGAGUGCAGGCAAUCUCCACGAUGGUAAACUUUUAUCUUGGGCAUAGAACUCACGAGUUCGUCGACGCGGUCAGCGAAGAAGAAGAAGAGGAGGAGAUUGUGACCGUGCCUUCUGAAAAACUCCGACCCGCCUCGCUGGACAAGAUGAUCACGCUCAUAGCAUAUUUGGUCGAACGUAGCAGGGGACAAGAUCACAGAUUGGCGCUAUCACCGUCAGACUUGAGUGCCGUAGCGGGCGGCAAAGGCUUCCCUUUUCUGUAUCAGCAGACACGAGAUGUCAUAAAUCUUACUCAAACGAGGAAUUUGAUUCAAUCGUUAUGUCGCUGGAACGAUAGAUUGGCAAUACACGUAGUCACAAUGAUAUUUCAGGCGAUAAUGAAACACACCGACGUAUGCCAACCGUUCUUCAAAUUAUUAACGUUGCUGACAGAAAGCUCGGGGCUAAGUGGACUGCCCUGCAUGACCCAGCUGAUCCUCGGUAGAGUUUGGGAAGCGGCAAGAGUUGCUCCGCACGGUGCGCUGGAGUGGUUAGCUCUCGCAGUCACGAGAAGUAAACUCGCACACGCUUGGGUACUGCAAGAACUUAAUACGUGGCUGCAACACUAUCUUCUCGAGCACUCCAAUCAAAGAGUUCGUUCUGCCGCUGCCUUUCUGUUAGUAUCAUUAGUCCCAUCUACGCAUUUUAGACAAGGUUAUCGUAGUGCCCAUCGCCUCGGUGUAGGCUGCAACACGUCCAGAGAGUUUCAACUGUCGCCCGAGGCUACAUUGAUAUUACAUCAGAUAUAUACGGCACUAUUGAGACUGCUUCAGCCUGCACGACAUUACAUCGACAUACAAACUCACGGUACAAUGAAGCUCACUGCCUACUUUGCAUUGCUCACAUACUGUGUAGUCUCUAAGACCGAAAAGUUAAUGUUUGGCCAAUAUCUUAAUGAUCUAUGGACACUUUUCCAUCCGAAACUUUCGGAACCCAGCAUUCCGGUGCAUCAUAAUAAGCAAGCGGUACUUUUGUUCUGGUAUCACGUUUGUUCCGAUUGUCCAGAGAAUGUUGCUAUGAUACUUCACAAUCCGCAUAUAACUAAAAAUAUAGCAUUUAAUUACAUACUAGCUGAUCACGAAGACCAAGAUGUCGUGUUGUUUAACAGAGUUAUGUUACCUGCGUACUAUGGUCUACUAAGACUUUGUUGUCAACAAUCGCGUACUUUUACAAGACAAUUGGCCACGCAUCAGAAUAUUCAAUGGGCUUUUAAAAACAUUACUCCUCAUCCUACUCAGUAUUCAACUGCAGUGGAUGAAUUAUUUAAAUUGAUGCAAUUGUUAGUCGCAAGACAUCCUGAUCAAACAGAACAAGAAGAAGCAGAGAUCGCGUCGUUUAGAAGAGGCACAUUGUCCUCUUAUUUACAAGGACUCGAUGGUCGUUCGUGUUGGGCAACUCUCAUUUCUGCUUUUCGAAUUCUUAUUGAGUCGGACGACGAUCGUUUGUACGUUGUCUACAACGGCGGUUUGAGCAUGGCUCUUGAAGCGUUUCAUAUGCUACAUAUCAUGUACCAUGAAGCGACGGCGUGCCAUGUUGCUGGCGAUUUAGCCGAGUUAAUCGCUAUUAUCGUCGAACUCGUGCGGUGCAUUCGUACAGCGAGAGACGGACCGGAUGCCAGAAGCAUUCUAGCCAAUUGCAAGGAGUGGCCCGACGCUCUGCGUAAACUGGCGACUCUUUUAAACACGUACAAUCCGCCGGAUAUGAGAAAUUUGGCUAUAGAUCUUUUGAAAGAGCUCGUUAUGCUCGUUCCUGCCGAAGCAAUACUGAUCCUAGCACCGUUGCUCUCACACUGCCACGCAGCUCUUCAGGAGUCCCAUGCUGCUGUCCCACCUGGGCCGUAUCUUCCGAGAAGAUCUACUCCGCCCGGAAAGAUGCCUACAAGACCCGCUAGGCCGAUGGUACAAAUGGCGGUGCCUCAUUCUCAGCUGGAGGCGUCGAAGGGAGUAGACCCGGAGUAUGACAGCGCUCUGCUUGAAUUUUACUUACCUUAUCACGAACUGAUAGAUGUAAUGUGCAGAUUAGCAAUUAAUAACGAUUGCAUGACGGAUUCGUUAGUAAAUUUGAGCGCUAUGCUUGGGUUCGAAGGUGUACCUUUGCACCUGGCUCUGUUUCCCAGGCUGUGGCUGGACGUGCAUGCCGCUACGCACAUUGACAGAAAGCACAUUGCGUCCCUCCUUUGUUCUUCCUACACGGUGGAUUACGUGGACGCCGUGCUGCUGGACGAAAGAUCGUCACUAGGAGUGCCGGCGAUACAUGCCUUCCUCAAGACCUUUUUUCCGAAGCUGGCCAAUCAUGUGUUGACUGAGCAAACGUGCGUGCUCAUCGACAACUUGGUUAGCUCGCUGACGACGAUGGUAGAGGCAGUAGAUGUCGAGGCGUCGGCGCAUAGACUGACCGGUGACUUGCGCGCCUUGGCACUUGUUUACAGCAGCAGCACGAGACUGAAACCAUCCUCCAGCCUGCUACCGGCUCUAGAAACUCUGUUGUCACGAGCUCGGAUAAUUACGGUGAAGGAAAGUCGCUCAUCGCCAGAACUGGAGACGCCCUCCAAGAGACGGAAGUUGUGUGGCGAUACCGAGGUUGAUAGAGAUUUAUGUGCGCCAAUCAAGGAUAUCGACACGGAGCACAAUAUCUCCGAGACGGAGAGGGACAAAACAGACGCAGCGAACGAUACGAUGUCUUCCGAUUCCGGAGACGACAAGGUCGCUGCCACUGCCAGGCACAAGUCGGGCAACGUUGUUCAGGCGGAGGCCGUCACUACCAGUAUCGGCGAUGCCGUGUCGCCGCCGAGUCUGGUUACCACCGCCAACAGUUGUACAAAUCAGUUGCGCUGCUCGUUGACCAACGUCUCGUGGCUUGAGAUGUUGGAGAAAACCAUCGUCGAUCUCCAAACGAUCGUGCAAGUGCAAAGCAAGAGUAAUUAGUCGUGUGUGAUUGGUGGAACGCUGGCGGGACACUCUCUUCGGACAGCGUAAACACGGAACUAACGACCAAUUCUACGAUCUAUAAAAUUGCAUGUGAUCCUUUACGCCGAUAAAGUUUAAAAACGGUGUGUCUUCUGCGCUCCUUCGAAAUCGGAUAUAACUUAGUACAUAUUAUAUAUCGUAUGUAUCUCAAAGCCGCGAUUUACUUUCCAAAUAUAGGAGAAUAAGAUAUUUUCGUUACUCGACAUAAGUUAUAUUCGAAUAUGAAGUCGGGGGACGCCGUCGCGGUUGCGUGUCGCCGUCGUAAAUCCGACUAAAUUUUCUCAUCUAAAAGUUCGUUAGUGCUGUGAGAUAGGAAUUACUGGUUUCUCCUGACAGGAAACACAAUGAGCGCACUUUAACGUGCAAUGAUAUUGCAAACCAUCCAGUAUUCAGAAAGCGCAAUUGUGUGGUUCAAUUGAAUCCUAGAGUAAUCUUUUAAACACGCUACGUCUCUCGGAAAACUUCAUCGACAUCGCUAAUUAUUUUGACAAUUUCGCACUGUACUUGCUUACGAAAGGAAUCACAGGGUUUUAAAAAAUUAUUAAAGUAAACUAAUAAGAGAGAAUGUUCAAUGACUAUGUCGAAAUUUCUUUUUAUGUGCUGAUUGCUAAUACGUUCAUUCUUUUGUUCAUUUCAAUGUACGAUGAAGUAAGAUCACUAUAUCAUGAUAAUCAAUAUUCCAAUAAAAUAUCCGUUUUAGACUGUUGUCUCCCGACAAUUGUGGUAUAUUGAAAUUUUUAUUUUCCAAGUUGAACUAUCAUAUAUGACUUAUCCCAUAUCACUAAACCAGUCAAUGAACAAAUGAAAACAAUACAUUUUCAAAAAUAAUAUUUAAGAAAAAUGAUACUUUAAUCAAAAUUAUAUAAAAAUUAGGUUUAAAAAAUAUCUAUUUACAGUUUAUUAUUUAAAGUCUUUCUAUUUUAAUAUUUUAUAUUUUUUUAAAAUAGUCAUUUACUGAUAAGUGUUCGGCGACUGGUGCAGUGACUCUGUUAUUCUUUGUUAACAAUUUAACAAUUUCAGAUAAAAUUUGUUAAUUAAAUUUAUCAAUCUUUUGAGCUAUUUUGCAUUUUUAAUGCGAAAAGAAAUAUUUCUGUUCAUCGCCUGAUAGAUCGCACACAUUAGGAAAGAGAGUGUUAAUAAACAAGAGAGUUCAUUAAUGCAUAUGAAUGCUUAUGAUUAGUUUUUGAACUUAAUGCAAAACUUAAUAUCCAUAUCGAAGAAGUCUAUAUAAUUCGUACGGAGCGUUAGAAAUUUAAGUUUAUAACGAAUUGAUAACGUAGAAUUAUAAUGGAGUUUGCUAAGUGUAUUUAUUUAUUUUUGACACGGUGCGUCUCGGUGAUAGGCGCGCGUGGUAGGGUGUCAUCUUUACUUCGCUCACUGUUCAUGCUGCUUACUUACGCUAAGUUAAAAACUGUCGCAGACACUUGUGCAACCGAUUAUAACUUUUCUACAGUCACUGGUCGACUGUUUCGAAAUCAACACGACAUCUCACAUCACGAAUGAACAAUUGGUCGUAAAAACUUUCAAUAAAUGCUAAACAUUCAAGCAAACAUUUCUAUUAAAAAUAUACCGGUCAUUUUCAACACAUGUACGGAGAGAAUUAUCUCUUAAAAUUUAUUCUUAAAAUCAUGGUAACUGUAGGACAACGUGGAUAUUAAAAAAAACCUUAUUAUAAUUUAGGUAAACUUUAAAUAAAUAUAGUAAAGUUUAAAUAAAUUUUACUUAAAUUAUAGUAAAUUUUAAUAAAAUACUAAAGAUUAUAAAUUUAUAUAAGUAAAAUUCUUCGAUGUCCAUGUUUUGACGACUUUAAGUGUAAAUUUUAAGAAAGUAUUCUCUGCAUUUUCACAAUCGUCGAGCUCGCUGAUUAAAAUGGUACUAAACAUUAGGUCCAUGAUUCUUCGCUGCACUCAUUGGACUGUAACAGAAAAGCGAGAAAUUGUGUUAAUCAUAUUGUCCGAACGUUAUAUUUUAUAAAAAUAUACUAAUUUCUACGAUUCAAUUAUAAAGAUUAUUAUAUGAGAUUAAAAUUAUAUGAGAACAAUGAUUUACGAUUUACGUAAAUAAUUUUUUUUUAUUGUUUCUAUAUUAUAGACAGCUACAAAGAGCAUAUUUCUCACAUUUGUUUAUUUUUUUUAUUUAUUUAUAUAUUUCUUUACAAUAAAUAGUAAGCGAAGUCAUCUUGAAAAGAAAAAAAUCGUACAAAAGUGCAAAAAUAGAAUAACUUUGAAAUAGAUAUGCUGUACAUCGAAGUAAAUAAAUUGUUUUUUUUUUUGCUUAUCAUAAUAGAUAUACAAAAAUUCGGCUCUACGAUAGUCUAAGCAGAUUAGCUGUAAAAAUUCAAUAGAGUUUCGACGGAAUCCACUCGAUCGAUCUCUAUCAUAUAUACUCGUAGAUUUUAUCAAGAGUACAAACUUUACUUCAUUAUUUCAUUACUCUAUUAAAUGACAAUUAAGAAGACAAUUAAGAUUUGACACACUUUUACGUCACUAAACGCAAGAAAUACGAGCUGAUUUGUCUGUCUCAAUCAUUGGAUACAAGAAAAACAAGAUUUACGUAAUUUCUCGCUUAUGACGCUGUGAUCUUCGUGGUAUCAUAUGUAAUACGAUUACAGCUUAUCAGAACAGGAAUUUUCAGUCAGGAAUUUGAAAAAAAGCUCACGGAGAAGGUAUGUGGAUAUAAACAACCUGAUUGACAAUUCGACCAGGUGUUAUCAGAAUGGGAUGCAACGCGCGAACCCCAGAUAUUAUAAAAAAAGCGUUAUUUUCAAAAUAUUGUUCUCUGUAUAUCAUUGUAAUAAAAAAAUUUUAAUGCUUUUGAAUCGUAUUAUAUGGACCGUGUUAUUAAUAUAAUUUGGGUCCAAUGACCAAACGUGAUUUAAGGAAGGUUUAUAUGGUUAAAUUAAAAACGAAAUAUUUAGAAAUUUAUUUUUGGAGAAAUGGACAUGACUCUUCGUUUAAGUGUUAUGUGAAUACAGUCUGUCGAAAAGCAUGUCGUAAUUUUUUAUCUGAUAAUCUUGUACGCUUAGAAGUCGCCUACUCGCCUACUCGCGUAAAAAGAGGCACCGAGUCGCGACCGCGCCUCUAGAUUUAGAAAAUGUUAAACGCAAAAUUUUGGUGACAGAGCAUCUAGUAAGACUCUCUCUAUAAUACAUUUUAAAUAAAAGAUCAUUUAUUGUCUGAUUUUUGUGAGAAAAAGAAAUAUUCAAUAAGUGCCGCGUGUACAAAACAAUUCAAAGCCGUUUCUUCACAUAAAUUCGAAUGAAUGAAAAAUAUUGCAUUAAAUGAAUAGUAAACGGUACGACAUUACAACUUUCUGGAAAGAAAAUGUAAAAACAGUUGGUUUGAUAGAUUAAUUUUAUAUAGAGAUCUUUAUCAUAUAUUAUCAAUUUAGUGAAAAAUGUUUCGAAGGUGCCAAACGGAGGCAAGUAUAUUUACUAAUAUAAAAAACGUAGUAAGUACUAAUCUAGUAAUAUAUGUAUAUUUUUUCAUCUUUUAUUAUAAUAAAUGGUUUCGAAUG